AUGGCACAACAUGGAUACGGGGACCUGAGAGAGCUGGACCUGAGAGACAAGGACCUGAGAGACAAGGACCUGAGUGACAAGGACCUGAGUGACAAGGACCUGAGUGACAAGGACCUGAGUGACAAGGACCUGAGUGACAAGGACCUGAGAGACAAGGACCUGAGAGACAAGGACCUGAGAGACAAGGACCUGAGAGACGAGGACCUGAGAGACAAGGACCUGAGAGAAGAGCUGGACCUGAGAGACAAGGACCUGAGAGACAAGGACCUGAGAGACAAGGACCUGAGAGACAAGGACCUGAGAGACAAGGACCUGAGAGACAAGGACCUGAGAGACAAGGACCUGAGAGACAAGGACCUGAGAGACAAGGACCUGAGAGACAAGGACCUGAGAGACAAGGACCUGAGAGACAAGGACCUGAGAGACAAGGACCUGAGAGACAAGGACCUGAGAGACAAGGACCUGAGAGACAAGGACCUGAGAGACAAGGACCUGAGAGACAAGGACCUGAGUGACAAGGACCUGAGAGACAAGGACCUGAGUGACAAGGACCUGAGUGACAAGGACCUGAGAGACAAGGACCUGAGAGACAAGGACCUGAGAGACAAGGACCUGAGAGACAAGGACCUGAGAGACAAGGACCUGAUUUAA